AUGCCGCCGCUGCCGCGCCCUCGGCUGGUGCUGCCGCGGUACACCCCGCAGGAGAUCUUCAAGGUGUUCUCCGCGUUCCUCGCGAAGCACGAGUUCACGCACACGUCGAGCGUGCUCGCGAAGGAGCUCCUCGCGCGAGGGUUCGCGGACGAGGGCGAUUUGUCUUCCGAUGCCGCCGACGCGAGGAGCGGCGCGAGAGAAUCCAUCAUCACGGACGCGAUGCUCCAAGAGCACCUCGCGUUCUGCGUCGCGCAGCUGCAAAGCGUCGGCGGCGACGACGCCGCCGGCGGCGAGGAUCGCGGCGAGGCGGGGAUCGAGACGGGGAUCGACGCCGGGGCGGUGCAGACGGAGUACGACGGCGGCGACCGCGGCGAUGGCGACGGCGACGAGAAGGACGAGAAGGAGGAGGAGGAGGAGGACGACGACGACGACCACCUGAUUCAGGACAUCAUCGAGUCGGACGAGGAGGAUCCGUUCGCGGACGACGACGCGGCCACCUUGGACGGCGAGCCGGAAGACAGGAACGACGCGGACGCCGUCGCGACGACGACGACGAUGACGACGACGACGACGACGACGGCGGCGACGAACGCCGCGAACGCCGACGACGACGAGAUGAGGCGUUUGAAAGCCGCCGCAGAGGCGACGCGGAAGCGAGCGAGGCCGAUGGCGACGGCGGCGACGGCGACGACGACGGCGGCGACGGCGACGGCGACGGCGACGGCGACGAGGGCGAACACGGCGCGGGCGAAGAGCCGCACGGGGUGGGACCAGGUCCGGCCCGGCGGCGGCGGCGGCGGCGCGUCGGCGGCGGCGCCGCCGCUGCCGAGAGGCCCGCCGCCGAGGACCGCGACGCGCGUGGGCCCCGGGCCCGGGCCCGGCCCCGGGCCCGGCCCCGGCCCGGGCCCGCCGCUCGGGAGGGAGCCCGGGCGCGAGCCCGGAAGGGAACCCGGGCGCGAGCCCGGAAGGGAACCCGGGCGCGAGCCCGGAAGGGAACCCGGGCGCGAGCCCGGAAGGGAACCCGGGCGCGAGCGCGACCGAGGGUUCCCCCCCCGGACCGAAGACAGGCGCGGCCCGCCGGGCGGCGUCUCCGGAGGACGGGGCGCGAGGGAUCACGGAUGGAGGCCGGGGGAACGCGGAGGCGGAGGAGGGAGGGACGGGAGGGUGUUCGCGCCGACGGUGCGCGCGGGCCGGGGCGCCGGUCCCGGCGGGAGAGGGGGACGCGCCGCGGUUCCGAUGGGCAAGCGAAAGGCGCCCUUCGCGGCCGCCUCCGCCGCGCGCUUCGCCGCGGCCAUCUCCGCGGAGCUCACCGCCGGCCGCUCCGGCGCGGCGUCCGCGACGCCGCCGGAACCCCCCCACCCGAACAGCGACGACAGCGUCGCCGAGACGCCUAAAUCCGGCGCCAACUCCGCGACGCUCUCCAACGCCCUAAACGCCUCGCCAAAGUACUCCGACGCGCCCUCGUCCAACGUCGGGUCCGGGUCUCGCAUGGAGAAGCUCCCGCGCGGGACCGCGGGCGAGGGCGACAUCGGCGGGUCGGCGUACGCGCGCGGGGUGGAGGGCGAGGGCGAAGGCGGGGCGGCGGCGGCGGCGGCGGCGGCGGCGGCGGGCUCGAUCUCGGAGACGACGCGCGCGGUCGACUUUGACUUCGCCGUCGCCGCCGCCGUCGCCGCGCGAUGCGCCUCGCUCGCCCUCCGCAUCCUAUCCUCGUCCUUCCGUCGCGCCGCUUCCUCCUCCGCGGCCGCUCUCGCGCGCGCGGCCGCGACGUCCUUCGGGUCCGGCUCACCGAGUAUGUACGCGAUGGACGCCUCCACCUGA